GGCCGUGGGCCAUGUGAGGGCCAGGCCGGGCCGGCGGACGGCAGGAUGGGCUGCACCGUGAGCGCCGAGGACAAGGCGGCGGCCGAGCGCUCCAAAAUGAUCGACAAGAACCUGCGGGAGGACGGCGAGAAGGCGGCGCGCGAGGUGAAGUUGCUCCUGUUAGGUGCUGGGGAGUCGGGGAAGAGCACCAUCGUCAAGCAGAUGAAGAUCAUCCAUGAGGCUGGCUACUCAGAGGAGGAAUGUCGGCAGUAUCGAGCAGUUGUCUAUAGCAACACCAUCCAGUCUAUCAUGGCCAUUGUCAAGGCCAUGGGCAACCUGCAGAUUGACUUUGCAGACCCCCAACGUGGGGAUGAUGCCAGACAGCUGUUUGCACUGUCUUGCGCUGCUGAGGAGCAAGGUAUGCUCCCCGAAGACCUGUCUGGUGUCAUCCGGAGGCUCUGGGCUGACCAUGGUGUGCAAGCCUGUUUUGGCCGCUCUCGGGAGUACCAGCUCAAUGACUCGGCUGCCUAUUACCUGAAUGACCUGGAGCGCAUUGCACAGAGUGACUACAUCCCCACGCAGCAGGAUGUGCUGCGGACCCGUGUGAAAACCACGGGCAUCGUGGAAACACAUUUCACCUUCAAGGAAUUACAUUUCAAGAUGUUUGAUGUGGGUGGUCAGCGGUCUGAGCGGAAGAAGUGGAUCCAUUGCUUCGAGGGUGUCACAGCUAUCAUUUUCUGUGUAGCCUUAAGCGCCUAUGACUUGGUGCUGGCUGAGGAUGAGGAGAUGAAUCGCAUGCAUGAGAGCAUGAAGCUGUUUGACAGCAUCUGCAACAAUAAGUGGUUCACAGACACAUCCAUCAUCCUCUUCCUCAAUAAGAAGGACCUGUUUGAGGAGAAAAUCACCCAGAGCCCGCUGACCAUCUGCUUCCCUGAGUACACAGGGGCGAACAAGUAUGACGAGGCAGCCAGCUACAUCCAGAGCAAAUUUGAGGACCUGAAUAAACGCAAAGACACCAAGGAGAUAUACACGCACUUCACAUGUGCCACCGAUACCAAGAACGUGCAGUUUGUGUUUGAUGCUGUCACCGACGUCAUCAUCAAGAACAACAUGAAGGACUGUGGCCUCUUCUGAGGGGCAGCGGGGCCUGGCAGGAUGGGCCACCGCUGACUCUGCCCCCUACUACCCCUGAGGAAGAUAGGGGCAAGAAGACCACGCUCCCUGCCUGUCCCCCCAGCUGCUUCUCCCCUCUUUCCUCUCUCUGUUCUCAGCUUCCCCUGCCCCUUCCCUCAGCUCCAGACUUGGGGGAGGGGUUGCCACAGGCCUCUCUCAGUUUGAAGCCUGCCCUUGUCUGAGGUGCCAGGAGUGGCCAUGGUACCCCCUUUCCUGGGCAUCUGUUCUGGUUUUCUGACUGUUGUCUUGUUCUAGGGGUGGGGGCACAUGCAGAGUCUCCCAAGGCCUGUGUCUGGAGGGGUACCCAUUUCUCCAGCCUGGACCCCUGGCUUUGUCUAACACCAGCCCUGACUACCCAGCCCAAGUCCAAAUGUUUACAGGGAGCCUCCUGCCUACCCUUCCCCUUGCCGCUCGGAGG